AUGGCAUUUACCAGUGAAGAAAAUUGGCCAGACUAUGACCUGAGCCAGAGAAAUUUCCACCCACAAUGACCAGAGGAGGAAACCGGAAGGUACCAGCGACAUCUGCUGGCGGAGGAGCUCACACAAGAAAGAAAUCAAAGCAGAGCAACUCUUUACGGCUUCCCCUAGGAACUCAUUGAAGGCUUGGGAAUCUACAUUCUGUCUUUUGAUAGACCUGGUCAUGGAGAGAGUGAUCCUGACCUGAAGAGGACAGUGAAGAGCGUGGCUAUAGACAUAGAAGAGCUUGCAGAUCAAUUGGCAUUGGGAUCCAAAUUCUAUGUUAUUGGAGGUUCCAUGGGCGGGAUAAUAGUUUGGAGCUGUCUGAUGUACAUUCCAAACAAGUAAAACAUAUGGCAUAUGCAUUUAUCUUUGCUAACUCUACUCAAGGCCAAAGAUAAGAAUAUGAUAUAUGAAUUCAGUACUCUCAUUACAAGAUUGGUUGAUUAUACUACUUUCUUUCUGUUAAAUUGCCCCUCAACCCAAAAGUAUCAGAUGAUGAGUUACCAUAUAUUUUCUUAUAUCAAUAUCUUAGUACUCCCUCUCACUUGUAGGCUUGAAAAUUUAUUGAAAGCCCAAUAGUGUAAAUCAAUAUCGAUUGGCGAAGAAAUGACAUUACUGCCUGCUCGAUAGCUUGAACAUAGGAUUUCCUACUCGAAUACCAUAUUAAAUCGCUAAUCAACCCAAAAGCUCAUGCAUAUAGGUUACAUUUAAUUUAAUUAAAUCAAUACUAUAGCACUUUCAACUGUUUCUUUUCGUGUAAGGUGACAUAGUGAUUGAGAAAGAAUUUGAUGUCUCAUGAAUCCUAAUAGGCUGGCAGGGACAAUAUUAGUAGCUCCAGUUAUCAACUAUUGGUGGUCAGGUUUUCCUGCAAAUGUAUCUAAUGAAGCUUUCAAAUGGAAACCAUCGCAAGACCAUUGGGCUCUAAGUGUUGCUCACUAUACUCCUUGGCUCAUAUACUGGUGGAACACACAGAAACAGUUUCCUGCUUCAAGUAUUAUCGCUCACAAUCCCGACAUUCUUUCUCCUAACGACAAAAAUCUCUUCCUAAGCUCUCAUUUCGGCAUGAGUAUAUGGUUCAGAUUAGACAACAAGGGAGAUGACGAUAGGGUUGUGUCACCUAAACUGCAACGCUACAUUGCUGAAAAGCUUCCAUGGAUUCGCUAGCACGAGGUACCGGGUGCUGGACACUUGUUCUCUUAUGCUGAUAAUGUUUAUGAUUCUGUCAUCCCCUUUUACCAACGCAUAGCCCUUACAUUUUCAUGUCUCCUUGUGCAUCCACCUCAUUUGCUUAAGGCCUAAGCUUUCAUCCCAACAAGCUAUAUGUCCGGAUGAUGACCUUGAAUGCAUCCAUCCAACUUCAUAUGCGUUCAUCCCUCAUAUGCAUCCAUCUAACUGCAAAUGAGGUGGAUGCACAAGGAGACAUGUAAAUGUGGGGGUUAUGCGUUGGUAAAAGGGGAAGAAGACACCUUGGGUUGCGAUGACGUAAGAUUACGUUAAUAGUAUAAGGAAAGAACACUUGGACAUGCGGCCAAGUAGGUGUUGGCCUUGGAGAGAUUUUGGACGCCUAUAAAUAGGGCCAAGGACUUCAGACCAUAACUCAAAUUCUCUUCAAAAGAAAUUAAGAAAAGUGUAUGAAGGUUGACUGGGAGAAAUCUAUGCGUUGAUGGAAGAACGCAUGCGUUUGUAGCAGAAACCAUGCAGCGGUCAUGAAGUUCCAAGAGGAGGAGAUGCUGUCAGACAGGAAGGUCUGGAAGUAGCAUCAACUUGGGACGAGGAGUUCUCCCAGAAUACUCGUGUGUUUGGAGUGAUUUUAAAGCCACCUAAAAUCUCUGAGAGUCUAGUUUUCAGGGUAGGUCUGCCGGAGAAGAAGCACCAAGGAAUCGGGCUGGAGAAUGAGGAAAAGACAGAAGAGUCCAGGUUGCGAAGUUGGUCAAGGUUUGCCACAAGUUUAGAAAUAGUACGAAAUGAGAUUAGUGGUUGGGGUAGUGCCACCUAUGUAAAUGUAACUUGAAUUUGUAAACUAGGUUCCUAAAUAGAGCAUGUAAGAUUUUUCCGCUGCUGUAGUAAAUAAGGUUCUAAAAAGGAAACUAGUAAGAUAAUGUCAAUAAAAAGUAGCAUUAGUUAAUAUCAUGCCUCUCCUCGGACUCAGAAGUGCGGGCUCGGGGCGGGGUGUGACA